CCGUCGACCACCACAUCCGUCGCAGUAGUAGACUGCAAGUCCUCUGCACCGACAGACUCACCAUCAUGGCUGCCCCGGAAAUAUACAACAUCACCCAGACGCCCAUCACAGGCCACGCCUUCAACGCCGACCGCAGCCAGGUCGCCGUCAGCCUCAACUCCAACGACCUCCAGAUAUUCUCCCGCAGCGGCGCAGACUGGACUCCCACAGAGACCCUGUCCGAGCACGACAAGAUCAUCACCUCGAUCGACUGGGCGCCCAACUCCAACCGCAUCGUGACCGCCUCGCAGGACCGCAACGCGUACGUGUGGCAGCAGUCCCCCGACCCGCAGACGGGCCGCUCGGUCUGGAAGCCGACGCUCGUCAUGCUGCGCAUCAACCGCGCCGCGACGUUCGUCCGCUGGAGCCCGCUCGAAGACAAGUUCGCCGUCGCCAGCGGCGCGCGCGCGAUCGCGAUCUGCUCCUUCGACCCCGAGAACGACUGGUGGCUCGCGCGCCAGCUCAAGAAGCCGAUCCGCUCGACGGUGCUCUCCGUCGACUGGCACCCCAACAACGUGCUGCUCGCGGCCGGGAGCGCCGACAUGAAGGCGCGCGUGUUCUCCGCGUACAUCAAGGACGUCGACAAGAGGCCGGCCCCCACCGUGUGGGGCGAGAAGCUGCCCUUUAACACUCUCUGCGGGGAGUACACGAGCCCCUCGGGCGGCUGGGUUCACGCCGUUGGAUUCUCGCCCUCCGGCGACGUCCUCGCCUUUGCCAGCCACGACAGCACGAUCUCCAUCGUCUACCCCGGCGGGCCCGCCGUCUUCACCAUCAAGAUCAACUCCCUGCCGUACGUCACGCUCGCCUGGACCGCCGAGGACGCGCUCGUCGCCGCGGGACACGACUGCCAGCCCGUGCUCUUCUCAGGGAGCGCGAGCGCAGGCUGGCGCGCCGUCGGCUCGCUCGACGACACGAGCGCGCCCAAGUCCGCCGGCGGCGGCGCUGGCGGCGGGCGCGCGGCGCCCGUCGGGCGGCUGAACAGCGCGGCGUUCAACACGUUCCGCAAUGCGGACUCGCGCGGGAUGGGGCAGGGCGCGGGGGGCGGCGCGAGCGGCGGGGCGGGGGCGGGGGCGGACACGGAGCUGUUUACGGUGCACCAGAACACGAUCACGAGCGUGCGGGCGUACGAGGGCGCGCGGGGCGCGGUGCGGCGCGUGAGCACGAGCGGGAUCGAUGGGAAGCUUGUUGUGUGGAACGUGAGCGCCGUUGGGGGGCUGGGCGGGAAGAUGGCUGGGUUGCGGCUCGCGUAGAGAGGAGGAGAAAAGUGAAGUGGAGUGGAGUGAGGUGGAGCGAAGGAGGGAAGAAUACAUAGGGUGGAUACACGUAUCGUAACGGAGCGUCGGGCGGCGGUAUUAGGAAUACAUGCAAAGCGCGCACGGCAGCAGUCAAUAUGAAGCGUGCGCCUCUCAUUUC